ACGGUGCAUCGGUGCCUCUGACAAGUUGUUAAAUUCCGCGAUAGGCACACCCUUGUCAAACAAACAAGUUUGUCUGCUAUGUUUGAGGCUCAGGCGGCAUGGAGGUGAUCGAUACUAUUGUGGUACAAAACAGUGAGGUGGAGGCAAAGGAGACGGCGGUGUCCAGCCUGGACACGGAUAAAAGCAAAGCAGAAUUCAUUUGGACCCAGGAGGCCACAUGGCACCUGGUCAAUACCCGGCUAGAGAUGGAUCAGGCGUUCGACCAGCCUGUCUGCAAGAAAAAGAAACUCUGGGAGAUGGUGGCAGAGAAGGUGAACCUCAAACUACGGGAGUCAGAGGUCACGGACUUCACCGUGAAGGCCUAUGAGUGUGAUCUGAAGUGGAGAAACAUGCUGGCCACCUACAGAAAGAACGCAGAGAGGGCCAAGAGGCUGGGCGCCGCCAGCGUCCACUGGGAGUUCUUCAAGGCCAUGCACGAGGUCCUGGGCAAGACCAGGGAGGAGAUCGAAGCGCAGCGCCAGGCCAAGCUCAGCGGCACCAGAGUGGGCAAGGCCAUAGCCAGCAAGAGGUUCACCCCGAUCCUCCCCACGCCUCCCGCCACAGCCCCCCCCUGCCCCGCCAAGCCUCCUCAGGACGUCCUGCAGCUGUACAUGGAGCUUCAGGAGAGGAAGAUGAACAUGUGGGCGCAGCAGAGAGCUCUGGAGGAGAGGAAAGUCGAGGCCAUCAACAACCUGGCCCAGGCCAUCUCCAGCCUGGCCCAGAACAGCCGCUCACAGAUGCAGAAGGACGACCAUUAGACUCGCUCCUGAACUCUGAUCCGUGCUGUUUGCACAAACCAAAAACUUUCAUGACACCACAGGAAGAGGAAAAGCUGCAUUUCUGUAGUCUCCAUAUUGCGAUGGGUCAUGCUAUUACAGUUCAGACUGAAGAUUUUACUUUUUCGGACGUCACAGAGAGCCAGAAUUUAUAUUGAAUGAUCAAAAAUGUAUGGUUUUUCUUAUUUUUGUUUUUUAACCACACGGUACUGUAAUGGUUUAAUGACACUUGAGAGCACAAGUCACAAGAUCACACACAAACUGUACCUGAACCACUGCAGUGUUCAACACGAGGGUUUUUUUUUUCCAAUCACAAACAAGUUAUUUUAAGUUAUUUUCAUAUAUAGUUGCUGACUUGAUAAAAACUGUUUACCUUCCUGCUGCCUGCUGACAGUAACAAGGCCAUCUAGUGGUUGAAGUUGAAACUGCAACACAACCGUUCUUUUUUUUAAAUAUUAAGACACUAAUGUUCAUCACUUUAUGGUCUGCUUUUCAGAAGCACUACACAUUUCAUGAAUUCAAAGGAAAUCAUUUACAUUAACAACUAAUCAACCCUGGAAUAAAUGUUACU